AGCAGACACACACACACAUCGCUCUCAGUAUCUGCUUGUAGAUACACACACACACACAUCGCUCUCGGUAACUGCUCGUAGAUACACACACACAUCGCUUUCAGUAAACACACACACAUCGCUCUCAGUAACUGCUCGUAGUUAUACACACAUGCGGGGAAACAAGACAUCAGGGAAACAAGACAUCUGGGAAGCGCUGUGAGAGAGAGAGAACAGAGGGGAAGAGGAGCUGCAGAGCUGAAGGGAUUGUCAUCUUUGUCUGUGUGGAUAUCUCUGGAUCUCUGGGUUUCCUUUUCUCCCCACGCCUUGACCGGAGUUUCUAGUGGAUUCCUUCUCUGAUCCUGCUCACGUUAUUUCACUGGAGGUGACAGACGGCGUUUCAGUUUCUGUUCCAGUCCACCCUCCUCUCCCUCUCUCUCUCUCUCUCUCUCUCGCAGCCCAGCUACAAAGUUCGUCUGUAUCGCCGCUGUGUCUCUGUCCUCCGGGAGCCAAGUGUCUGGCCAGGACAACAGCAAGACUCCAGUCGGAUCUGACACUGUACACGCAUCGUGAAAGCGAGAGAGACAGAGGAGAGAACAAAAGUGAAGUCAGGGAAUGAGAGAGAAAGCGAGAGAGAGAGAGACAGUUUUUUAGAGUAGUUCAAGCUACUCAAAACACCCUCCUUCCCUCUCCUACCCUCCUCCUCUCUCCUUCUCUCACUCCCUUCUUUCUUUCUCUCCUAUUUCUCCUCUUCCUGGAUCACCUCCUACUUUCCCAGACUUGUUUUCUUCCUCCUUUUCUACUUCCUCGCUCCUCUCCUCCUCUUCUCCCUUCUUCCUUCCCUCGCUCCUCUCCUCCUCUUCUCCUUCCCUCCUUCCAUCGCUCCUCUCCUCCUCUUCUCCUUCCCUCCUUCCAUCGCUCCUCUCCUCCUCUUCUCCUUCCCUCCUUCCAUCGCUCCUCUCCUCCUCUUCUCCUUCCCUCCUUCCCUCACUCCUCUCCUCCUCUUCUCCCUCCUCCCCUUGCUCCUCUACCUCCUCUCCUUCCCUCGCUCCUCUCCUCCUCUUCUCCCUCCUUCCCUUGCUCCUCUCCUCCUCUUCUCCUUCCUUCCCUCGCUCCUCUCCUCCUCUCCUCUUCUUUUCUCCUCCCCCCAGCUAGAAGAGGGUGAAUCUGGGACUCCCACUGAACAGACAGACAGAAGAACAGCUAGAGGUCCCAUCCAUCACUCUCUGUCUGUCCGUCCCUGUCUCUCUCUCUCUCUCUCACGUCUCUCUGUUUUGAGAAGAGGAUCUUGCCUCCGCCCAGACCCAGGAAUAGGAACCAGGGGUCCAGGCCAAGAGGGAGUCACUGUGUUACUGGAACCCAGCCAGAGAGACUCUGUCUCCUGCUACGACCAGAAGGAUUCCUGCUACAUGGGUAAACACUUGGAACAGCAACAGAUGUACCCCCAAUACAUCUACUAUUACCCCCACUACCUCCAGACUAAGCAGUCCUAUGCCCCUCCCCCAUCCACCAUGGUCCCUCCCAGUCCCAGCCCUAACAACGGUCACCACAGAGGAGGAGGAGGAGUCUGUAGUAUGGAGCAGCUCAGUCAAACUAACCUGUACAUCAGAGGACUGCCCUCUGGGACCAGUGACCAGGACCUCAUCAAACUAUGUCAACCAUAUGGGAAAAUAGUGUCAACCAAGGCCAUACUGGACAAGAACACAAAUCACUGCAAAGGAUAUGGCUUUGUGGACUUCGACACCCAGACAGCAGCCCAGAAAGCUGUAGCCUCUCUAAAGGCCAGCGGAGUCCAGGCACAGAUGGCCAAGCAACAGGAGCAGGAUCCCACUAACCUGUACGUUUCCAACCUGCCCGUGUCCAUGGAUGAGCAGGAGCUGGAGAACAUGCUGAAACCGUUCGGUCACGUCAUCUCAACCCGGGUACUACGGGACGCCAACGGGGUCAGCAGAGGAGUCGGCUUCGCCAGGAUGGAGUCAACAGAGAAGUGUGAUGUGGUGAUUCAACAUUUCAAUGGAAGGUUUCUGAAGACUCCUCCAGGCGUACCAGCUCCUGUAGAACCCCUACUCUGUAAGUUUGCAGAUGGAGGACAGAAGAAGAGGCUGAACCAGAACAAGUACCCCCAAAACGGACAACCAUGGACCAGAGAUGGAGAGAGUGGCAUGACGUUGACAUAUGACCCCACUGCAAUGCAUAAUGGUAGGUUCUACUCCUCUCCAUACAUCUCCACCAAUAGGAUGAUAGCACAGACAUCCAUCACUCCCUUCGUCGCUGCCUCACCCGUCUCCACGUACCAGGUCCAGAAUACAUCCUGGAUGCCUCAUCAACAGUAUGUUAUGCAACCUACCGGUGCUGUGAUAACCCCAGCUAUGGACCUCUCCAUGCCCAUGCAGCCCUCCAGUAUGAUGGGUCCUAUAACACAGCAGAUGAACCACAUGUCCCUGGGAAACACAGGAACCCAGUACAUGUGUGCAGCAGCUGCUUCAAUGCAAGGAGCCUACAUUCCUCAGUACCCUGCAGUGCCUGCCUCCGCCCUCACGGUGGACGCAGUGGUGACAGAGGACACGCCCCAGACUGUACCCCCCUCCUCACAGGACCCUAACGGACAGCCACCCCUGGCCAGCGACUCACCUGCCUACUCCUACCAAGAGACUAAAUAACAGGAGGAUGACGGGCGAUUUGUUUCCGGUUACUGCGUUGCCUUGAGACAGCGGCUGCACUGAAGCACUGGAGGGAUGGAGGGAGGACAAAUACUGGAUGACAAAAAGGAGGACAAAGGGAGAUCGUUUUAUCUUUGCACAGGCAUCAACAAAAAUACUUUGUUUUAUCUGUCCUGAGAGAGACGAGAGAGAGACGAGAGAGAGGAGAGAGAGAGGAGAGAGAAGAGAGAGAGGAGAGAGAGAGAGGACAGAGAGACGAGAGAGAGAAGAGAGAGAAGAGAGAGAGGAGAGAGAGAGAGGACAGAGAGACGAGAGAGAGAAGAGAGAGAAGAGAGAGACGAGAGAGAGAAGAGAGAGACGAGAGAGAAGAGAGAGACGAGAGAGAGAGAGGUUGAGAUUGUGAUUGACAUGCAGAUAAAGUCUCAGAAGAUGGAGAGGUGCAAUAUGGGACAUUGAGUUUAUUGAGCGGGCCAGCAUGAAACUGGAGGCAUCCUUCGAAAAAAGAACAAAGUGAAAAACAUAUUUAAAAAAAAUAAAAAAUAAAGGAACUUAAAAAGGAACAAACGGACAGAAAUCUAUGUGAAUGUGCAGGUUGGUUUUCAGAUCAUGACAGUUUUUUAAGAGGAGGCAAAGUUUUAGAGAAAAAACAAACUAAUUAAAUGGGUUGUCUUCCUUUGAUAUUAAUUAUAUAUUUUUAUUAUUUUCAUGAUUUAAAAUGUAGUUUUCUAGAAAGAGAAGAAAAAAAAAGUUAAAUCUUAAAUCUUUUUUUGCCUUAAUUUCUCAGACGUUGGAAACUCGUCGGUCCUUUUGUCUAAAAUUGUUUAAUUAAAACAUCUGUAAAAACAAAAGAGGGUUAUGAAUGCUUCAGAUGGUUCAUGAUAAACCGAGACUAGAUCUAUAGACGUCAAUGCAUAGGUUAUAAAGAGAACUGUAUGAAGAAGAUUUUAUAUGAUGUGGUUUGUAGUCAUUUGUGUUUUGGGGGGAGAAGAGAAUCUCCAUGGUGAAAAAAGGUGGGCGGGGUCAAGAAAAAAUGUAUAACCGCUGUAUUGUGGGAAAUGUUUUGGUUACUUAACAAUGGCAUUAGUGGGUUUUUACUUGCAAUAUUUGUUUUUACAAAGUUCAACAGUUUUUGUUUUUGUUGCCUGCUUUUGCUUGUCUCAUCGCAAAACAAGAAAUGAAACAAAAAAUAACCAAAUAAGUCAACGUCCAGUGAAAACGUAUUGAUAUCGAUAAAAAUGAUCUGUGUACAAAGGGACAUGUGUUGAAAAAUGAAGCAAUAGUUUUAAAGAAAUUUGGUGACAAUUUUCUUUAGUCUUUUUAUAGCUGUGUAUCAAAUGCAUCCAACAAACAGCAGUUUUUUAUACCACAGAAGAACAAACAGGGAGAUACAGUGGAGUAGACCGAGAGAUUUUUUUAAAAUUCAUGUUUUAAACUUUUCCAUUUGGCUUUCUUGCUUUUGGUGUAUGAUGCUCUGUACAUUAGAUGGUUUGAGGGUUGGACCUGUGGGUUUAGGACUCUUCCCAUUGGCUCUGUUGGGGUUGAGGUGUUCAUAGGGUUCUACCAUUGGUGCAGUCACGUGUCACUCAUACCUUCAGCAAGAAGGUAUGUAACAGGUCAGAGAACUGUGCCACAGAUAAAAGCUUAGUUGUAUCGUAACCCUUCUACAAGGGGGAGCUCCAAUAUAAUCUGAGAGAAAUCUGAAACAGAAAAACAGAGAAAACCCUUCAGUUUCAGUAUCUGAUAUAGUGAUGGUGGUUUAUCCAAUGUAAAACCACA